CUUAUUGACUCGCUAAUAAUAUUUUUAAUUAAAAUUACAAAUACAUACACAUUCAAAUACCUAAUUGAUAUAUUUGAAUAAAUUUGCUAUAAUGUUUCCAAUAGAUGCAAUUAAAAAACUAACCUAAUUUGUAGAGAAUUUAGGAAGAAUAUUAUUAUUGGCCACCCUGAUGGUAUGAGUCGCAUGGAAUUUUAUCAUGGCGACUGUUCAGGUAAACUUACGAAUUUCGGAUUUAAUUCAGUACAUUAACGAUUCGUGUGUUUUGUGAUUCCUCGUUUUAAAGUUAACAGAGUAUAGUGCGCGUUAAAUUGAAUUGAAAUUUGAUGUGAUCGGGAGGUGUCUUUGGUGGAAACCUUUAGUGGCUUUCCGUGAAAUAUAAGCGGAUGAUGUCAGUUAUCGACGCAAAGUCAUGCCACGAGGAAGACAAUUCAAAUUUGACCGAGGACGAUUGGAAAAUGCCUGUAGCUUUUCAAAAACCUCGACAUACAACAACAAUCGAGGGUAUCAAUUGUGUUACCCAAACUUGGCGUAUGAAAGAACGGAUGAAAACAGUUAGUGUGGCAUUAGUACUUUGUUUAAAUGUUGGUGUGGACCCACCUGAUAUUGUUAAAACACAACCAUGUGCUCGUUUAGAAUGUUGGAUUGAUCCAUCAUCUGUGAGCCCACAAAAAGCUCUUGAAAUGAUAGGUUCCAAUUUACAGAAACAGUAUGAAAGAUGGCAGCCUAGAGCACGUUAUAAACAAAGCUUAGAUCCUACUGUAGAAGAAGUUAAAAAACUAUGUACCUCUUUACGAAGAAAUGCUAAAGAAGAAAGAGUUCUUUUCCAUUACAAUGGACAUGGUGUACCUAAACCUACUAGUAAUGGUGAAAUAUGGGUUUUUAAUAGGACUUAUACACAAUAUAUUCCAUUGUCAGUGUAUGAUUUACAAACAUGGAUGGGAGCGCCAAGCAUCUACGUAUAUGAUUGUUCUAAUGCUGGAAUUAUUGUCGAAUCUUUCCAACAAUUUGCCGAACAGCAUGAAAAAGAAUACGAAAUGGAAAAACAAGCAGUACAACAAAAUUGUGCUACUGGAAUAGCUAAUUCUUCUAUCCCAUCUUAUAAAAAUUGUAUUCAAUUGGCAGCAUGCGCAGCUAAUCAAAUUUUACCUAUGAAUCCAGAUCUGCCAGCAGACGUGUUUACAUCUUGUCUUACUACACCGAUUAAAAUUGCUUUACGCUGGUUUGUUAUGCAAAAUACUACAAAAUUAAUCCCAAAGAUAUCUCUGGAUUUAAUUGACAAAAUUCCAGGUCAAUUGACCGAUAGAAGAACAAUGUUAGGGGAAUUAAAUUGGAUAUUUACUGCAAUUACAGAUACCAUAGCAUGGAAUACCUUACCUAGAGAUUUAUUCCAAAGGUUAUUUAGACAAGAUUUAUUAGUUGCUAGUUUGUUUAGAAACUUUUUACUUGCGGAAAGAAUACUUCGUUCGUAUGAUUGUACUCCGGUAUCUUGUCCAAAGUUACCACCGACAUAUCAGCAUCCAAUGUGGCAAGCCUGGGAUUUGGCACUUGAUUUAUGUUUAGCACAAUUACCACAGAUUUUAGAAAACGAAGAACAAUUUGUACAUUCUCCAUUUUUUGAAGAACAAUUAACAGCUUUUCAAGUUUGGCUUACAUUAGGUUCGAAAAAUCGCAAUCCUCCAGAACAACUUCCAAUUGUCUUACAGGUGCUUUUGAGUCAAGUUCAUAGACUCAGAGCAUUGGAAUUACUGGGACGUUUUCUUGAUCUUGGCCCGUGGGCUGUCAAUUUAGCAUUGAGCGUUGGAAUAUUUCCGUAUGUUUUAAAAUUACUUCAAAGCAAUGCGAAAGAACUCCGACCUUUGCUCGUGUUUAUCUGGGCUAAAAUUCUUGCAGUGGAUAAUACUUGUCAGGCUGAUUUAGUACGAGAUGAUGGUCAUAAAUAUUUUCUAUCCGUUCUGCAAGAUACUACAAUUUUGCGAGAGCACAGAACAUUAGCAGCAUUCGUGUUGGCUUGUAUUGUAAAUGAUUACCGACCUGGACAAAUUGCUGCCAAUCAUGGAAGUCUUGUAUCAAUUUGUCUUGAACAAUUAGGCGAUUCUCAUCCUUUAUUACGUCAAUGGCUUUGUUUAUGUCUUGGAAGACUUUGGCAUAACUAUGAUAAAGCAAGAUGGUGUGGAGUAAGAGAUAUCGCUCAUGAAAAACUUUUCAUAUUGUUACACGAUCCUGUUCCUGAGGUAAGAGCUGCUAGUGUUUAUGCACUGGGAACUUUUAUAAACAGCGUUACAACUCGAAGUGAACAUGCAAACAAUAUUGAUCAAAUCAUUGCUAUGACACUUAUUAAUACUAUUUCUCAUGACAUGUGUCCUUUAGUAAGAAAAGAAUUGGUAGUAGCGCUUCAGUGGAUGGUUCUACAUUUUGAGAAUUCAUUUGUGACGCUAGCUCUAGCUGAAGAAAAUAGUCAAAAAAAUUUAAGUGUAGAAACAUUAUCGCCAUUCAGUGGAAUGAGGCGUAUUAAUUCAAGAGAUCGUUUGAAGCUGCUAUCUCCUAUAAAUAUGUACACUGUAGACACAAUCGAUGGACUUGGCCAAGACCGUAUGAAAAGAGUUUCUUCUUCGUCAUCUAUUAGUAGUUUAGGAAAUAAUUGGGAGUUCGUGAGGAAACCUUGCGAGUCACUUGGUCACAGUUCUUUGGGAAAUUUGCCAAGCUUAUCUUAUGGUAGCGUAUACAUGAAAUUAUGGCAUGGACUUUGUAAUCUUGACAAUGAUCCUCACCCUGCAGUCGCUUCAAUGUCUCAGAAAGUAACCAAUCAUAUUCGCAGACAGGUCAAGGAGUCAUCUGUGCCUAAAGAAGUAGUAGAGACUAAAAUAUCCUCAUCGUUGUCACUUCCACCAUCUCCAUCAAAUCAAACUAGUUAUCUAAGUAAUAGUAAGGGAGAAUCACCGCCAAUAGUUAAUUCUGGAACAGAUUUAAUGCGUUCUGCACGAAUAUCUUCGCAUGGUAAUCGUGCAAGAAAACCAGUACCCAUUACAAUAUCAGAAGAAGCAGAUGAAAUAUUUGAUACCAAAACACCUUUGACUACUUCGCAAUUUGUUGAAUGGAGUUGUGCACAAUUCGCGCAACCUGUUACUUUAAAAAAUGAAAUUGAAUCUGUAAACGAUAUGGAAAGUAGAGCACAUUAUGAACGUGAAUGGAGAUAUUUACGGAACAAACGACAGAGACGCGAUGCAAAAGAAGAACAGUUAAGAGCUGUGCAAAAUAGAAUAGAAUCUCAAGUAUUCCAUGCGAGAUGUUCUCAGUCACCAGAUGUUCUUACGUUCCAUCCGUUUGAAUCGCACUUGGCUGUAGCAUUGAAGGAUUACUUUGGAGUAUGGGAUUGUCAAAAUGGUGCAAAAUUAACGUAUUACGCCAGUCGUGGUAAUAGAAUGUCAAGAAUUACGACUUUGGAGUUUAUCAAUGCUCAUGAUGUUACGUUAUUAAUGGCUGGUUCUGAUGAUGGUUCAAUUAGAGUAUGGAAGAAUUAUAGCAGCACAUUAGGUCGUGAUCCUGUAUUGCUUACCGCAUGGCAAGCAUUGUCAGAUAUUCAGCCAUUAACAAGAACUUCUUCUGCAACAGCAGGAUUGAUUACUAAAUGGGAACAAAAGUCUCUAACUUUAGCCGUGACUGGUGAUGUUCGUAUCGUCAGAUUGUGGGACGCAGAAACAGAGUUGAAAAAGCAAGACAUACCAACGGGUGCUGAUUGUUGUAUUACGUCUGUCGAUGUCGAUAAUACAGGAUCUUUAAUGGCAUUAGGCUGUGGCGAUGGAUCAGUUCGACUUUUUGAUAGAAGAUUGGCCCCAUUAGAAGCAAGAAUCAUGACAUGGAGAGAACAUACCGCCUGGGUAUUGGGAACACAUUUGAGAAAGUCAGAUGGUUUCAUAUCACAAUUAUUUACUGGAUCUUCUUCUGGAGAUAUUAGAAUUUUUGACAUAAGAAAAAAUUCUUCUAUAAGUUCUGUACAGAUAACACAAGGCAUUACAGCAUUAGCUGUUCAUGAAAAUGCUAAUGUUUUUGCUUGUGGAUCAACGAAUCACUGCAUCAGUGUUUAUACUACGCUUGGACAACACCUUAAUACGAUAAAGUUUCACGAAGGUUUUAUGGGUACACGAAUUAGUCCUGUAAGUUGUCUUAGUUUUCAUCCCUAUCGUGUGAUGUUAGCAGCGGGAUGUGUUGAUAGUACUAUAACUGCGUACGCAUCUGAGUCAAGAAGAUGACUAUUAGAGAGAGAAUUUCUGUAAUAUUACUUUUGACAAUUUUUCAAAUGAUAUUUUUUGUAAUUAACCCCUUCUGCUAUUACCACGAAUUAGAUUCGUGACACCAAUUGCGUGGUAAACGCUUUACACUGUUCUCGCAUAGCAUAAGGAGUUAAUUAUUAUGAUAUAAAGAAAAGUACAAAAGGAAAAAAGAUGAAAAAGAAAAAAAGGAAA